GCUGUUGAUAACGCUUUACUUAGGUUAUACGCUGAAUCUAACUCCGAACAAUUAAAUUCUUUAUUAGAAAAUUCUAAUGAAUGUGUGUUGGAACUUAGUGAAAAAAUUUUAUUUGAUAACAAGAAAUAUUAUCCUUUGGCUUUACUUUAUAAAGACAAUAAAGAAUACAAAAAAGCAUUGGAAUUAUGGAAAAAAAUUUUUGAAGAAGAUCAUCCAGACAAGGAUGGCCCUAAUUGUUUAAAACAAAUGGCAAAUUUGCUUAGAAAGUUGGAUGAUCAUGAUAUGGUAUUAGAAUAUGCUAAUUGGAUUACCAAACAUGACGAAGUCAUUGGAGCCCAGAUAUUUAUUCAACCUAAUUUAAGGCGAUCUCUAUUGAUUGAACCUAGUUUGGUCUUGGAUCAAUUAAGAACGGUUGGUAAAAACGGACUUAAAUUAUACUUGGAAUAUUUGGUCAUACAGCGAAAAAGUCAAGAAGAACAGCAUCAUACAGAACUGGCACUCUUAUACGUAGAAGAAUUAGAAACAAUACUGCAAUCGAAUGAAGCGAAAGAAGAUUUAUUAUCACAAGGAAGAGCCACCUUAAUCACUUUCUUACAAUCUUCUACUCGAUAUAAUGCAAAAUUAAUUUUGAAUAAAUUGCUUGAAAUUCAAAUAUUAAAAGCUGAGUUGGCUGUCGUUUAUGGAAAGUUGGAUGAUCAUGAGAAAGCUUUACAUAUAUUAGUCGAUGAUUUAAGAGAUUAUCGUGGUGCCGAAUUCUAUUGUCUCUAUGCUGGUCGAAUGAUCGGUAUCAUAUCAGCUAAGAAGCAAUCGGAUAACAAAUCUAUUGAAGAUAAGGAUUUGAUUUCUACAAGACGUACUUUAUUUUUAAUGUUAUUAAAAGUUAUGGAAUUAUUACCGGAAUUCUGGUCAGUUGAAAUGUUGAACGAAUUUUUGAUUCGUUCAUUAAGGCAAAAUUAUCAUGAGUAUAGGGAAGGUCAAAUUCUAAAAGGAUUGUGUCGUGGCGAGAACACCAUGACGAGUUUUGAAUUAUAUCAAGCAUAUCAAGCAAUUGGACCAAUUGUAAUAAAUCAAAAUGUAUCAUGUUCAAUAUGUAAAGAGUAUAUCAGUGGAUCAGAUUUUAUGAGACAACCAAACAAUGAUAUUGUACACGUCAAUUGUAAUAAUUCUGAGCAUAGAGAGAACAAUACAGCAGUUUCAGAUCCCUUGAGCAAUCAGACAUAG